AUGUCAGAGGAAGCCCCUGUCAGUAGUGUGUGUGCUGUGAGCAGAGUUGGACCACUUCUCUGUGGGCUGUGUGGAGCACCUGUCUUACCACAAAAACAGCAGGCACUACACGCACAGGGGCACUUUUAUACUGAGCACAGGGAGAACUACAGGCACAGGGGCACUUUUAUACUGAGCACAGGGAGCACUACAGGCACAGGGGCACUUUUAUACAGAGCACAGGGAGUGUGGCUGCCACAGAACCAAGGCUGUCUGGAUUUAGGACCUUGAACAACUGUGGCAAGGAACUUCAUGCCUGGAGCAGAACCUAGCAGAGAUAAGCAACUUUGCUGAGACUGAGGGCUCUUUCAUUCAGAAGGUAAGGACAAGCUCCCCACAUGGUGCCAGGGAAUUAGUUCUGGCAGGACAAGGGGCUGGACAACAGCAGGGUCUUCCACAGGCAAGUAGGGCAGGCCAACACUGGGUCUCUAACCGCACACCGGGUGGUGAGUCACGACCUCAGAAGAGGAGAUUGAAGGGGUAAAUCUUGGCGGACUUUUUCAUUGUGAUAGAAGGUGGCAGUGGCAUUGCCUGGACCUGACAUCAUGCUGGCUGUGUGCAAGGUUGUGGUGCUCUUCAGCAAUAUUUUAUUGUUGGUCGGACAGAACAGUGCUCGGGCACAGAACAGAGUGGAUGUACUGAGGGGUCAACAGUGCACCCAGGUCUGUAACACACAGGCUCAGAGUGGUGCCUGCAGCUACACAUUUGUGGUGCCCAAAAACGAGAGGGACUCGUCUUGCCAAAGUUCGCCAUCCGCCCAGAUCCUGACUGAGAUGAAGAGAGACGUCAAGAAGACGUCGGACAAGACAAACCGUCUACGGCACCAGUUUAGCCGGUACCGCGAAGACCGACAACUCUGGAGCGCAAACAUGCACAAGGACAUGGUGAACGCCACAGCUAUGAUGGAGAUCCGUUCACUUGAACAAGACGUAAAAGUGAAAAACCUCGAGAUCCAGCUCCUAAACCAGACCCUGGAGCUGGAGCGUCUGAAAGGGAAGAACCGAGAGUUGGAGGAGGUUGUGGUGAUGAGCGAGUUUGAGCUGAUUCAGCUGAGAGGUGUACGCCAGACAGUCGAUCAUCUUAACGAGGUUGUCACCACCCUGCAGACCAGGCUUAACGAGGUUUCACAACUCCUCACAGGCCAACUGCAGGAGAUGCUUGGAGGGCAGCUUGGCAUCAGACCCCCUGGUGGCUUCCCCCCUCCCCCUGGGGCGUUCUCCGCACAGCCCCAGUCUGCCUUUUCCGCUGCUCGCCAAACCAAGAUGUACGGCAGCAUCCCGCCGCAGCGGAUCGGCUUUGACAAAAUCUUCGUGAACGAGGGCGGGGACUUCCAUUCUGGGAACGGCACGUUUGUGACCAGAGUUCCUGGGGUCUACUUCUUCACUUUCACCAUUCAGUCUUACGAUGGGAAGUUUGCCAACAUCGCACUGGUGCAGAAUGGAAAAGAACAGGUGACCUUGUACACAGAGGACGAUGACAGAAACAUCAUGCAGAGUCAGAGCAUCAUGCUGCACCUCGCUACCAACGACAAAGUCUGGCUGCAGCUCGACGGAGGAACACACCACGCCAUCCUCAGUUUCCAUGACAACCGCAUCACGUUCAGCGGAUAUCUGGUCUACGCUAAGUUAAGUUAGAAUUGCGAUGGUAUGGGGAGAGGGGGAAUUUAAGGGCUGUGGUGUCACUGUACUUAUUGAGACAAUGUCAAUAGUUUACAUUUGUAUUGUGAAAUUGUUAAAGGGGCAUUCCACUCCAGAUUUGACUGUUACUUUCUGAUAGAUAUUAAUUGUAGGAAGUGACAAAUGUAUGCUAGGUAACAUUAUACGAUAGAGUACCCAUUAGCCCCACGCCCAUCAAAAAGCAUUCAGUCUUCUACAAAACUCUCCAAGUACCCUCUAAUUAAAUCAAUCAAUCUCAGCCUAUGGCUGAAUACAAUGUGCCUGACAAUGCCUGACUUAAGUUUGGUUACAAAGCUUAUUUCAGGGGCACUAAGAAAAAGAGGACUUGUUAUGUGUUCUUUGAUAUCUUGUGAACAAUUCACCUUCUUGGUUUGCUAAGCGCCCCUCAUUUAUGCCGAAAAUAUUCACGAUAAAGGAAGUGUCUACACGUAUAGGGAAUACAUGGGUAUGGUCUGCAUGGGUUUAGUGAGUGUCAUAUUGUUUUACAAACACAUGUUGCGUAAUUCGCAACAAGUGGAAUUCCACCAAAGGUCGGCUGAUCAUGUAUUAAUUGAUACAUUAUCUAUUGGAAAAUAACACUCCCUUCUGGAG